AUGUCUAUUGGUGUGCUGAUUAAAGUCUUGCACGAAGCUGAGGACCACAUAGUAACAUAUGGGUCCCUUCCAUGUGAAGCUAACACUGCCUGGCGGGGGGGGGGGGAGCUCAUGGAAGCUGAGGACAACAUGAACUGCCAGAUGUUCAACAUCCCAGUCUUGUACAGAGAUGGCCGAGUGGCACAGCUGGAACAGAUGUACAUACGUGGCAGCAAGAUCCGAUUUCUAAUUUUGUCUGACAUGUUGAGAAAUGCACCCAUGUUAAAGAGCAGGAAAAAUGAAAACCAAGGCUCAGAGGCUGGCCGAGGAAAAACUGCUGUCCUGAAGGCCCAAGUGGCUGCAAGAGGAAGAGGGCAUGGAAUGGGGCGUGGAAACAUCUUCCAGAAGUGAAGAUUAU